AUGACUGAAAAACCUUGGAACGAAAAUCAAACAGAAAGGAACAAAACCAGAUUAAUGCAAAGACAGGAAGAAGUAGAAGAAACGUUACAGAGAAACCUUGACCAUCCUUUAGUUACGGCUGUGCAUCUGCUCGUUAAUCAGCCAUCAGCCGAACAAAGAUUGCACGAACUUAAUUUGCAUAACAAACACAAAAUAUUUCUACAUCACGUCAAGGCGUCUCCUAGAUACAGAGACUUCUUUGAUUAUGCAAACGACAGACUUAAAAAUCAGGUUGUGAUUAUGAUGAAUAUGGAUAUCUAUAUUGGGGAAGGAUUUGAAAAAUUAAAUAAGACAUUUUUAGUAACACAAAAUGUAUCCUACGUCUUAACGAGAAGUGGACGGCCGGAACAGAGGUGUAAUAUGGGUGGAAAACGUGGGUAUUGUGGAACGGGCUACAUCGGUUCACACGAUGCCUAUAUAUUUGUGCUUACACAACGUUUAAAAGAGUCAAUUCUGUCGGAGUUGGAUUACGAGAUGAAUGUCUACGGAGCCGAAAAUAGACUGCUUUGGGUAUUAAAAAACCAGAUGAAAAAGAAACUUCUCAAUCCGUGUAAAUACUUAAAGACAUAUCACAACCACUGCAUUAACAUACACGGUAGUGUAAGGCCGAGAAUCGAUGAAAAAGGAAAAAGUGGUUGGGUGCCUCCUAGUGGAUUAUAUUAG